AUGGCACAAAAUGGAUCACAAUUACAUGAAGAAUAUCAAUAUUUAAACCUUGUAAAGAAAAUAAUUGAAACAGGAGAUAAACGGGUGGAUAGGACUGGUGUAGGUACCCUGUCUAUUUUUGGGGCCAUGCAAAGAUAUUCUUUAAGCAGCAAUGUACUCCCAUUACUAACAACAAAGCGUGUGUUUGUACGGGGUGUAAUAGAAGAGCUUUUAUGGAUGAUUUCUGGAUCCACAGAUAGCAAUGUUCUGGCUAACAAAAAAGUGCACAUUUGGGAUGCUAAUGGCUCUAGAGCUUUUCUCGAUAAUUUAGGAUUUACUGACAGAAAGGAAGGCGAUCUUGGACCUGUAUAUGGUUUUCAGUGGAGACAUAGUGGAGCCCAAUAUAUAGAUGCUAAUACUGAUUACACAGGACAAGGGAUUGAUCAAAUCCAAAAUGUUAUCAACACUAUUAAGAACAAUCCAAGUGAUAGAAGAAUGUUGAUAUGCGCAUGGAAUCCAACAGAUUUAAGUAAAAUGGCACUCCCACCAUGCCAUUGCUUAGCACAGUUCCAUGUGUCCAGUGGAAAGCUAUCCUGUUUAUUGUACCAAAGGAGUGCUGAUAUGGGGCUUGGGGUUCCAUUUAAUAUAGCUAGUUAUGCAUUACUGACACAUAUGAUUGCUCAUGUUACUGAUUUAGAACCUGGAGAAUUUAUCCACACAACUGGUGAUACUCAUGUAUACCUUAAUCAUGUGGAGCCAUUGAAAACACAAUUAGAAAGAGUACCGAGAGAUUUCCCAAGUUUAGAGUUUGCAAGAAAAAUUAAUUCUAUUGAUGACUUUAAAUAUGAAGACUUUAUUAUCAAAAACUACAACCCUUAUCCAAAGAUUGAUAUGGAAAUGGCUGUG